AUGGAUUAAAUUGAAUUACAAAACCUUUGGAAAAAUAUAAGAGGUAAUCUUCAAAAAAAGUAUGCAAAAAUAAGUGCUGCUUUUGUUGAUAUGGAUUUUAAUGAUUCUUAAAAAAUUGAAUUAGAUGAUCUUAAAUUAGAGUUAAUAUAAAAUCAUGGCAUAUAAUCAGAAGAGUAUAUAAUUUGUAUGAUAAUAGAGUAAUCUAAUAAUUAUUUGAAUAUUUGAAUGUUUCAAAAACAGGUGCUAUUAAUUUGGAAGAAUUUGAAAGGAAUUGGAACUAAGUUGAUGAAUAAAUAUAACAGGCUUAAAAUCAGUAAAAAUUUUAAGAGAAAAAAAGUUAUGUAAAAAUAGAAGAUUAAGUUUUCAAUUCUUCUGGAUAAAAAUCAGCUUAAUAAUUUUCAGAACUAUUUAAAUCUAAUGCUUCAGGUACUUCACCUAAAAAGUAUAUCAAUAUUUAAGGGGAUUUCCAAAUUAAUUAAUUCACAUAAAAUUAUUCACCUCCUAAAUAAUAAUAUCAUUAAUUGAAUUAUUUAGAUACUUUUAUUCAAAAUAAGAAAAUAUCACCUCCUAAAACAUCAUUUCUUUUAAAAAAUAAAAUGGAUGUUCAAUAAGAUAAAUUAAGAAAUUUAUAAUAGAAGAUCACUCAUUUAUUUAAUACAAAAUUAAAUACUAAAAAUUCUAGUCCAAAAUUAAGAAAGGAUUUCGAUAGCUAUUUAAAUACAUUAAAAUUGGGAAAACCAAAUACUCAAAGGAGAUAACCAUCAAAUCCUUAGAUCUUAUUUGAUUAUUAAACAGUAUAUCCUUAACGUAAAUCAUAAAGAGAUUAUGAGUAAAGAUGGUCAUAUAAUAGGAAAAAUAAUUCAUAAUCAAGUAGAUCAUUAGAUAGAAUAUCUUUAUAAUAAUAUGCAUAUUAGUUUUAGGAUAGAAAGUAUGCCAAUAAAUAAUUUAAAUCAUUCACAACUAAUUCAUAAAAAGGAUUACAACCAAAAACAACAUUUUGGUUUAGAUUAUGA